AUGGAUCCUCGUCCAAGAGUAAUCUGCCUUCCAAACACCAUGACCAACUGGCCCUGGCCUCGUGCGAUGAAUCCCCAUUAUGAGGUUGUAAAAGCUGAAGUCGAUGCUUCGUUCCGUGAAUUCAAGGCUCUGAGUGCCGAGUCACAGGAAGCAUACGACAAGUGUGAUUCCGAAUACCUUCAAAUCGCCUGCGAGUUUGUCAAUGUCCUCAUCAUUGUGGACGAGUACACCGACGUUGAAAAUGCAGCAGUUGCCGAGGCAAUGGUAGGCAUCGUCAUCGAUGCCUUACACAAUCCUCACAAGACACGACCAGAUGGCGAGUGCAUCCUCGGUGAAAUCGUACGACAAUUCUGGGCUCGUGCGAUUCAGACCACAAGCCUACCUUUUCAACGUCACUUCCUUGACAGUUAUAUCGCAUACCUUCGUGCAGUGAUUGUCGAGGCUCUCGACCGCGAUAAGGCUCAUUGCCGUAGUAUUGGUGAUUACAUUAAGCUGCGACGGGAUACAUGUGCUGCAAAACCUCUCAUCGCAAUAUAUGAAAUGGGAAUGGAUCUUCCCGAUGAGGUGUUUUAUCAUCCCGUCAUUGUCGAACUAGUCGAAUGCAUUGCAGAGUUGAUGUUGAUUGACAAUGAUAUGAUCUCGUACAAUAGAGAGCAGGCAACAGGGGACGAAAAUCAUAACUUGAUCACUACUGUUAUGGUGGAACUUGGCCUCGACAGAAGCGGUGCGAUGAUCUGGGCAGCACGCUAUCACACCGAAGUCGAGAAAAGGUUCACCGAUGGUCUCACCAAGGUACCUUCGUGGGGACCUUCUACCGAUGUUCUAGUCAAGGAGUAUCUUGAAGGGAUGGCAACAUGGGCUCGAGCAAAUCAUUCUUGGAGUUAUGAAACUCAAAGAUACUUGGGUACAAGGGGCCUAGAGAUACAACGAACUGGCCUUGUCCCAUUACUGCCCAGGGUCAACUGCAAAGCCUCAUCCGCGGGGGCAAAGGUCAAUGUGGCUGAUUUAUCCAUGAUGGAUGCCACAGCAGGCCAUAAGCAUCUAGAAGCUCCAGACCAACCCAACUCGUAA